CACCGUUGGCAACAUGGCUAACCAUCUUCGCUUCCUUGCGCGGACAGUGAUGGUUCUUGAGGGCGACGUCGACGCGGCAUACAAGACUUUGAACAGGGUCUUGACUCAUGACGGGAUCAUUGACACUGUGAAGCGCAAGCGCUACUAUGAGAAACCCUGUAGAGAGAGACAGAGAAAGAAUUAUGAGAACUGCAAGCGUAUCUAUCAUGCUGAAAUGGCCAGGAAGCUUUCCUUCAUCUCAAGAACACAGAGACCAGAUCCCUGGCUUGGAUGCUAGUGAAAUGGAGUCUGAUGAUAAUCGAUGUUUUCAGUGGCCUGAUAAAUACAGGGCCAGUGAGCUGGAAGUUGGAAGCAAAAGAAUGAAUGCACUGUCAAAGUGAACCUUGGAAAAAUCAAGGAAAGGAACUCCAGUGAGGUUGCAUGAUGACACCAAUUUUUUUCCCUUUUUUUGAUCCCCCCCCCCUUUUUCCCCCCCAAUUGUACUUGGCCAAUCACCCCACUAUUCUGAGCCAUCCCAGUUGCUGCUCCACCCCCUCUGCCGAUCUGGGGAGGGCUGCAGACUACCACAUGUCUCCUCCGAUACAUGUGGAGUCGCCAGCCGCUUCUUUUCACCUGACAGUGAGGAGUUUUGCCAGGGGGACCUAGUGUGUGGGAGGAACAGGUGCCCCAACGGACCAGAGGAGGCGCUAGUGCAGUGACCUGGACAUAACCCACAUCUGACUUCCCACCCGCAGACGUGGCCAAUUGUGUCUGUAGGGAUGCCCGGCCAAGCUGGAGGCAACACGGGGAUUUGAACCGCCGAUCCCCGUGUUGGUAGGCAACGGAAUAAACCCCCACGUCCCCCCGAUGACACCAUUUUUGUGCAUAUCUUUGAUUUUCCUCAUUUGAAAUGAUAAGUAUUUGAAUUUGUCAAGUAAUUAAUCUACAAUGUACUAGUACUUUUGGUUUUUAAUGAGGAUAUACUCUGGUCUUGGUUGGUUUUUGUUGUGUUUUCACUUAGUCAUAUCAGGCAAUCUUAUUGAUGAAAAAGGCUAAUAAAUGUCUUACAUUUUCAAGUAUUUUCAUUUUUAUUUAGUGGUAAAAUACAUAAUCUCUUUACAUUCAGUAGUUCAUGAUUGCUUCAUUUAGCGGCAAAGACUAAAUUAGAGUUUAGACAGAUGUGUAUGGAUUUUUUAGAAUGUAUUUAUUUCCAAGGUACAGACAUUACAUGCAUGGAAUGAUAGCUUACCUCUCUGGAAGCUUCACAGGUUGUUGGGAGGUAGACAUGGAUCAGAGAACAUGUAGGUACCCUGAUUGAUUCCACAUGACAGGGGAAAUGCAAACAACGUCAGAGUUGAUUCCAAGCGUGAAUGGGGUCUCAGAAGCAGCCCACCCUGUAUUUUGUGAAAAUCGCUUCUGCACAGUUGUAGAUGGAGGUAUACAUUCAUCAGGUCAGUGCCCCUCUCUGCUCCAUUUGGCGCAGCUCUGCACAACUGAGACACAUCAGCCAUGCAUGGUCUGCGAUAUCCUUUGCCCAUAGGGGGCCUAAAUGUGUGCACUUCCCCAUGUCCCCCUUGAAAUGGAUAGUUAAACAUUUGUGCUGGGCAAGCUUCUCAGAGGUUACCAGGCCAUGUCGAUAUCCUGUCUAGUUCCAAUCAAUGGGUAGCUUCUAUGAGUAAGAGGGAAAAGUACAGUGCAUUACCCAUAUUUCAGAUUGUAAGAAUGAUGGAUACUGCCAACUCUGACAAUUGUAAAGUAUUGAACAGCUUCUCAGAUGUGGAAUCAGGAAACUAGUAUAAAGUGUGUAUUAAUGGAUUUUAUUUGGCAAGAGAAAGAGUCAUAUAAAGUGAAGGUGUCUGUUUUACCACUGAUGUCAAAACUCUGUCCAUGCACAUAUUCUCAUCUUUUAGUCAGUGAUGCAAUCAGAAUAUUUUGAAUGGGGUGGCUGAGGAGAGGCCUGUGAUUUUGAGGGAGUUGGCAUUAAAAUUUCUCCUAAAUUUUGAAUUUAUUCUUUACAACUGCAUCUUAUAUAGUUGUGCAAUUGAGGAUGAGGAAACGAUUUGGUAAAUUAACAU